GGAAAACUUGUUUUUAUCAACUGCAAUAUUCACUAAUGGAAGGUAGCGGUAUAGUGGCCAUUAUACAUUAAGCUUUUGUUUUUUUCUUAAGAGUUAAAAACUCAAUUGAAGUGGACUAAGUGUAUUGGUCUGAUUUAUUUGAAUCAAGUGCAUUACAAAUCGGCAUACACUAUAUUGAGGUCAACGAUUUGCAUAUUCAGUCUGUAAUGGUAAUGUGCAUUUUUGAUUGGCGUGCAUCCGCCAUCUCGUCCACACCACAAAAAAAACACCAUUCUUGACGAAUUUGCUGUUGAUAACACAAAAUCUAUCAACUUAAAGUAGUCAAUUUUUAUACUUUUUAUUUUUGUCCUAAAGAACACAUGCGUGAAUAUCGGGUUUUUAAUACACGAGCACAUCAACAGGUAUGCAAAUGGGCAAAUAAAUGGCGUUUCCUUAAAGUAUGUACUUUUUCGAAGACACCGUUUCGGAAAAACAACGGUAAAUUUUCGAUCAAUCAAAAGUCCCCACUAAGAGCUACAAGACAACUUGUGUCUUGUUGCCUAUAUAAAGCUCACAUCGACUCAAAACGGCAGAUAUUGCGACUGAACCAAGCAAACAUGAUCUGGAACAAAGUAUUACUUUAUUGCUCCUUAUUGGUUGCAAUCAAAUUUGCUGGAGCGUCAGAAAAUGAUACCGCAGUUUUAGCCCACGAUAGUGAAAUAGUGAAUUUAAAGAGCGUGUUGCCGGUUCCCGAACUAAUACGACAGUCGUCCAGACUACCUUGCAGAUCACCUUCCCUUGAUCAUCCGAAAAUAUCAUACAUUAUUGGUAAGGAAAAAGUCGAUUAUGCAACGGCCGCCGUUAUAUGCCAGCAAAUCGGGAUGACUCUCGCCACUCCCAUGAACCAACAAGAAGAAACUGCCUUGGUAGCGGCUUGGCGAGCUCUGGAUGGGGCACAGGCUGAGGGUUUUUAUAUAGGAGCGAAAAGGUGUAAGGGCUGUCCCACUAGUUUCUACUGGGAACCCACGGGAAAGCCAAUUGUUUACAGCAACUAUCUUGAAAAUCAACCCGACAAUUCACAAGGUGUGGAGAAUUGCAUCGAGUUGACUUCCACGCAUGGACUAAUAGGUUGGAACGACAUCAACUGUGGAGUGAAGCGAAAAUAUGCUUGCCAAUCACCCGGCAUUAUCCACUUAUAAAAUUUUUGAAGUAAAGUUAAAGUUUGAUAGUGCAAA